AUGCACGACUCGUGGAAUCCCAUCUUGCGCGAUGUCGCAUCAUGGGUCAUCAAUCCAUCACCUCCUGACCAACACAAAUUCGGCCAUAUCAGAGGCCAGUACGCAACCGCGAAGAGUGUCAUUGUCCCUCCUCUCCUCCGAAAAGCGCUGAGAGAUGCCGGAUCGAAUGUACCGAUUCUCCACGUUACGGCGCAGUUCAAGAAGGCCGAGGUCCUGAAAAGCCGCUCUGGAGAAGAUUGCCAUGGCAUACAGAACGUCGACUACGUUGAAGCUACCGCUAUGCUCAAGGACGCCCUUCAACCCUCAGGCUAG